AUGAGAAGCAUCGGACGUCUCAACGCCUGCCGGCACCAUCAACCUUUUGAAAAAGGAUCUAAAGUAACCAGUGAUUUCCUUUGCUGUUAUCUCUCCAAAGAUGAAGCAUGUCAGUGCGACGGCUGGGAGCCACAUGGAGGAAAGUGCUACUUCUUCUCCUCGGUUACUUUAACCUGGAAUCAGGGUAGAAGACAAUGCACAUCAAGGAGAGGAGACCUGGUUGUGAUAAACAACAGAGAGGAGCAGGAAUUCCUGGAGUGUAGACUGAGAGGAAAAAUGAACAAACCUGAGGACAAGUUCUGGAUCGGACUGACAGACUCAAAGAACGAGGGUGAAUGGCUUUGGGUGGACAACACACGACUGGAUCCAAGUUUGACGUUUUGGCGUGACGGCGAGCCUGACAACUGGAGAGGGCUGAAUUCUGAUGGAGAGGACUGUGUGAGGAUGGGGGAGGAAUACCUGAAGUCCUGGGUCGAUAUAUCCUGCGAAUCGCCUCAAAAAAAUAUUUGUGAGAAAUAGGGUUGCAAGGGCGU